AUGGCUGCCAGGCUCGGGCUAGUGGUCGCAAAUGAAGGGUCCACACCCACUUUUUGCAGACCAGGAUGCGAGGGCACAAUCCCAGACAUCACUCUGGCGACAGAAAGAGCAGCGAACAGACUACAGGAGUGGGGUGUCUUGGAGGACUAUACGGGCAGUGACCACCAGUAUAUCUGCUUCUCCAUAAACUCAAACCAUAGACGUCGGCCCGAUCAUGAUAAGAAAACCACCCGAAGGUGGAACGCGAAAAAACUGGACACCGAGAAACUCAUCGAAGUACUAGACGCAAGUAUGGAAACAGCCGUAGACCCUAGGGACGCAAGAAGCACAGUACGCCACACCAUGCGCGCCAUAGAGCAUUCUUGCGCCGCAGCGAUGCCCAAAACGACGAGCUUCCUUAAAAGGAAAGCUGCCUACUGGUGGAACGAACAGAUCGCGGAGCUCCGAAGAGCUUGCCUACGCGCGAGAAGGAAAAUGACUAGAGCCAGAUCUCGAAGCAGUGCUACGGCGGAAAUCGAGGAGCACAAAGAAGCUAGAAAGCGCCUUAAACUUGCCAUUGUCCACAGCAAAAAGAGCAAAUGGGAAGAGCUACGAAACGACAUAAAUACCAACCCGUGGGGUCUUGGCUACAAAAUCGUAACGCGCAAGUUAGGAGCGCAAAGGCCGACUCCGGAGCUAAACGAAAACGUCAUGGCCAGUAUAGUCAACACGCUCUUCCCACAGCACGAACGACGCACCGACCCUGAGACGCCCGCCCUCGAAGAGCCUCCUUUCUUUACAGAGAAUGAACUCAGAUCGGCAGCAACAUCUUUGAAAACAACAAGGCACCCGGACCCGAUGGGAUUCCAUCCGAAGCACUAA